AUGAGUAUUGACUGGAAUGCGCUCAAGGAAAUUAUACCUUCAUUGGGUAUUUCCCUGGGCGGGCUUCUCUUGAUGACCAAAUCGCUUUACAAUACUAUCGAUCAUAGUGAUGUUCAACCCAUGCACUAUCUUUUUAUCUUAAAUUCAAUGCUUUGCUUCAAGAACAACAUUGAACUGAAUUAUGCUGAUAUUAUGAGUAGUGCUGUGCGUAGACUUUCUUUGGCUAAGAAGAACAUCUCUUUUCUUUACUUGUUGGAGUAUAUGUUUGAUUGUGGAGUCAAAAUGUUUUUGAUUUCGGUCUGUAUGAGUAUCCUGAUUGGGGUAGCUUCUAACUAUGUUAAUAUCUUCUGUCUGGUUACAAUGGAGGAAAUUCACAAGAACUUUGUUGUGAUUGUCUCUUCGGUAAUGGUUGCCUUUUUGGCUGGUAUUUGUGGAUCGAUUUCAACUUUAAUUUCGGUGAUCGGAUGUAUUUCCUUAAGUCUUUAUUUUGAUUACAAUCCUGAUAAUAUUGUCCUGCCGAUUAUUGCUUCUUCGGCUGAUUAUAUCACUACUUUAUCUUUAAGUUACUUUUCCAAGAAUAUCUACUAUGUUGUGUCGGUGAUGUAUACUGGAUUGUUUCCGGUGCCGAAAGUGGCCAUGUCUGAUAUGUCCAAACGAGUCUUUGGGACUAAUGUGGUGCUUUCCCUGGGACUGUUUGGCAUUCUGGUCUUUGUGUACUGGCGGAUGGACCGACGGAAGACUCCGCGGUUGUUUGGGGUGGGGUCUUUGCUAAUGGCCUUUGCGAUUACGGCUACUGCUGGAUUGACAAUUAAUCUGGUGGCUGAUUGGAAUCAGUGGAUGGCUUUGCUGAUUCCUUUCUUUAAUGGUCUGUCUGGCUCAAUUGCUCUGAUUUACUCGAGUCAGAUUACUUCGUUUGUGGGCAAUACGACGGCUGAGAGUAAUGAUGAAGUGGUGGUGCUUGAUUCUAUGGAUGUAGCUGAAGGUUUGCAAGAACAUCCGCGAUCGUUGCAGACUUUGCUAACUCUACUGGCCACCGCUCUGACCUUUUCCUUUGUUGCCUUUGGAUGCAUUCGCUUGUGCUUCCCGCGUGUGCCUUUAACAGUGGUUGGUUUAACUUGUGGCUUCCUGCCGGUAAACGUCUUUCUAUUAUACCACUUGACCAACCUGUUAGUUUGGUUCUUGGGGCUCUUUAAAAUUGGCGCUUCCUGCCAUAUUGUGCCUCUACUUAAUGCUGCAAGUGAUUUAUUGGGGGCCCUGGUGCUAGGCAUAGUUACUUAUGUGCUUACAUACAUUAAUAAAUAG